CUGGCGCGAGUCACUCUUGUUUCUUCCUUAUCUCAUGGGCUAGAUUCAGGCACAUCGGGGUUAACUUAUAAAUAAAAUGACACAACCCAACGGAAUUGUCAGCAACGGCAAAAGCCGGGACGGUCAUAGGAAGGAGGUGAAGAUAGUAAUUGUGGGCGAUGGAGGCUGCGGUAAAACUUCCCUACUCAUGGUUUACGCGAAGGGAUCAUUCCCUGAGCAUUAUGCGCCCUCAGUAUUUGAAAAGUAUUCAACCACCUCCACAAUUGGAAACAAAGAAGUUUUCCUACACUUGUAUGACACAGCAGGGCAAGAAGAUUACGACAGGUUGCGCCCUCUUUCCUAUCAAGAUGUAAAUUUGGUUUUAAUAUGCUUUGAUGUUACAAACCCAACCAGCUUUGAUAAUGUAUUAAUAAAGUGGUAUCCUGAAGUGCAUCACUUCUGUCGAGGCGUUCCUAUAGUGCUUAUUGGCUGUAAAACAGACCUGCGCAUGGACAAAGAGCGCUUGCGCAGACUGAAGACUUCUCAACAGGAGCCAAUUACUUAUACUCAGGCAGAAACUAUAUGUAGAGACAUACAAGCCGAGGACUACCUGGAGUGUUCAGCCAAAUUUCGGGAGAACGUGGAGAACGUGUUUAGAGAAGCCACUGUCAUCGCUCUAAAUAGCAUGAAAAAGGAACAGAGACUGAAGAGGAAACAUAGACAGUGUUCAGUUCUUUGAAGCAGCCAAUUCAUCUUGCUACAAACUGCCAUUAGUGUUUUUUUGCACAGCUUGACACGUCUGUGCUUUAGGGUGAAAUCCCUGGACUGAUGUAAAUAUGUUUUUAAUAUAGCAUUAAUAUUUUCUGUUUUUAUAAUUGACCCAUAUUUGGACAUUUUAAGUUGAAAUUAAUAGUGCAAUGGACUAUUUUUCCUUUAUUAUAGUAUUACAUUCAUACCACAUUGGUCAGCUACGCAUGUGGUAUAUUGGUUCUGAACAGACAAAAUCAUUUAUGUACUAAAUGCCUUUGUCGCCGGUGAAGAUAUUAGCUGAUCUGGCAGCCAGAAGAUAUCAUCAGAUUCAUAUUUUUAAUAUCGUAGGCUCUGUCAAAAGUAUAAACGUCUCUGAAGUAAGCUGCUAAUAUUACCCUGUACCUCGCUGGUCAUUAAGGGAUUGAGUUGCUAUAAUAGUGUGACCACACUAUUACUCCCUCCCUUCAUCCGCAUGACUUCCUAAAAUAGCGCACUCUUGCUGCUGGCGGCAAGACUGCGCUACUGAAACGGCUCCCCUAUUGAAAGACCGUCGCUGGUCAUUAAGGGGUUAAUGUAAUAUAUCUGUUAGGAUGACAAAACAGAACUCUUAGUUCAAAACAUAUACUUAUCUAUUAAAGGGACAGUGCUUUUUAUAUAUAAUAUAUAUGUAAUACAAUACUGCAUUGCACAAGCUCUGCAUAGAUUGAAUGUUAUUAUAAUCAUAUGUUGGCAUAGUGAGCACUGUUUUGCAGCCCUCAGACAUGCCUGGUUUUUUUUUGUUUUUGUUUUUUUUUAAAUUUGUAAAAGAGUCUUUUUCUCUUGUAAGGUGUAUCCAGUCCACGGAUCAUCCAUUACUUGUGGGAUAUUCUCAUUCCCAACAGGAAGUUGCAAGAGGGCACCCACAGCAGAGCUGUUAUAUAGCUCCUCCCCUAACUGCCAUAUCCAGUCAUUCUCUUGCAACUCUCAACACGCAUGGAGGUAGUAAGAGAGAGUGGUGAAAUAUAGUUAGUUUUUUAUCUUCAAUCAAAAGUUUAUUUUAAAUGGAGUUGUACUAUUUUAUCCCAGGCAGUAAAUAGAAGAAGAAUCUGCCUGAGUUUUCUAUGAUCUUAGCAGGUUGUAACUAAGAUCCAUUGCUGUUCUCACAUAUGUCUGAGGAGAGAGGUAACUUCAGCGGGAGAAUGGUGUGCAGGUUACUCUGCUAUGAGGUAUGUGCAGUUACAAUUUUUUCUAGAAAUGGAAAAUGCUAGAAAAUGCUGCUGAUACCGGAUUAAUGUAAGUUAAGCCUGAAUACAGUGAUUUAAUAGCGACUGGUAUCAUGCUUACUCUCAGGGGUAAUACCCUUAUAAAAUUGCAAUAUAAAACGUUUGCUGGCAUGUUUAAUCGUUUUUAUAUAUGCUUUGGUGAUAAAACUUUAUUGGAGCCUAGUUUUUUCCACAUGGCUGGCUUAAAUUUUGCCUAGAAACAGUUUCCUGAGGCUUUCCACUGUUGUAGUAUAAAAGUUACAGUUGUUGCAGUUAAAAUUACAAACUGUGACAUCCAGCUUCCUUCAGGAGUCCCCUGUAUGCUAUAGGACAUCUCUAAAGGGAUCAAAGGCUUUCCAAAGUCGUUUAUUGGGGAAGGUAGGGCCACAGCAGGCUGUGGCAGUUUGUUGUGUCUGUUAAAAAAAGUCUAUUGUUUUUUUGAUCCGUUUUUUUAAUUAAGGGGUUAAUCAUCCAUUUGCAAGUGGGUGCAAUGCUCUGUUAACUUAUUACAUACACUGUAAAAAUUUUGUUUGAUUUACUGCCUUUUUUCACUGUUUUUCAAAUUUUGACAAAAUUUGUUUCUCUUAAAGGCACAGUACCAUUUUUUAUAUUUGCUUGUUAACUUGAUUUAAAGUGUUUUCCAAGCUUGCUAGUCUCAUUGCUAGUCUGUACAAGCAUGUCUGACAUAGAGGAAACUCCUUGUUCCUCAAAUGGCGCCAAGUACAUCUAGGGCGCCCAUAGCGAUUACUUUACAAGACAUGGCGGCAGUCAUGGAUAAUACACUGUCAGCGGUAUUAACCAGACUACCUGAAUUUAGAGGUAAGCGAGAUAGCUCUGGGGUUAGACGAAAUGCAGAGCAUACUGACGCUUUAAGAACCAUGUCUGAUACUGCCUCACAAUAUGCAGAAGCUGAGGAAGGAGAGCUUCAGUCUGUGGGUGAUGUUUCUGACUCAGGAAAGAUGAUGCAACCUGAUUCUGAUAUUUCUACAUUUAAAUUUAAGCUUGAACACCUCUGCGUGUUUCUCAGGGAGGUUUUAGCUGCUCUGAAUGACUGUGAUAAAAUUGCAGUGCCAGAGAAAUUGUGUAGACUGGAUAAAUACUAUGCAGUGCCGGUGUGUACUGAUGUUUUUCCAAUACCUAAAAGGUUUACAGAAAUUAUUAAUAAGGAAUGGGAUAGACCAGGUGUGACGUUCUCUUCCCCUCCUAUUUUUAGAAAAAUGUUUCCAAUAGACGCCACCACACGGGACUUAUGACAGACAGUUCCUAAGGUGGAGGGAGCAGUUUCUACUUUAGCAAAGCGUACUACUAUCCCUGUCCAGGACAGUUGUGCUUUUUUUAGAUCCAAUGGAUAAAAAAUUAGGCUACCUUAAAAAAAUGUUUAUUCAAUAAGGUUUAUCCUACAGCCCCUUUGCAUGCAUUGCUCCUGUCACUGCUGCUUCGGCGUUCUGGUUUGAGUCUGGAAGAGGCUUUACAGGUAGCGACUCCAUUGGAUGACAUACUUGGCAAGCUUAGAGCACUUAAGCUAGCCAAUUCCUUUGUUUUCUGAUGCCAUUGUUCAUUUGACUAAACUAACGGCUAAGAAUUCUGGUUUUGCUAUACAGGCGCGCAGGGCGCUAUGGCUUAAAUCAUGGUCAGCUGACGUGACUUCAAAAUCUAAGCUGCUUAA